AAUCUUAUUCUAAAAAAAAAUGCUACGAAACGAUCAGAUUCAAACAGAUCCAAAUGAAACUGUCCUACUCAGUACGUUCACUGUAAAUAAAAAACGUAGUCGAGUUUAUUUACAUCGAUGGAAAUUUAUUUGGGAAACAGAAAAUUUACCACAUUCCCAACAUACAAUUCCAUUAUGCGAUGUAAUCGCGAUAUCUGCUGGAGAUGAUCAACCAGAUUGUACCUACUUCGUGCUAGACUACGCAAAACGAUUGAAUAACAAUGUGUGGCGCCAUCGACGCAUCACUGUCGUUCAUACAGAUCCACGUCAGGUCACCAUGUGGAUACGAACAAUACAAAAUCAUUUAAAUAGUUUUGUACAUCGACCUAAACGCCUCCUCCUGUUUGUGAAUCCAUAUGGCGGAAAGCAGAGAGCUCUUAAAAUAUUUGAGAAACAUGGUAAACCAUUAUUCCAAAUAGCCAAAGUCGAUGUGAGUGUAAUUAUUUCCCAGCGUCAAAAUCAAAUCACCGAUUUGUUAAUGCACCUCAAUUUAAACAUCUACGACGCAGUCGCAUGUGUUGGUGGUGAUGGAACAUUUUCCGAGUUGUUUAAUGGUCUCCUAUUGAAAGCAUGUAAAGAUAAAAAUAUCAAUCCGAAUGAUGCAAACGCUGAAAUCCCAGCUCCAGAAGUACCUGUGGGUGUGAUACCUGGUGGUAGUACCGAUACCGUGGCGUAUUGUGUGCAUGGAACUAGUGACAUCCAAACCGCUGUCUUACAUAUCAUUUUUGGGGAAACUAUCGGCUUGGAUUUAGCAUCAGCUUUCAGUCAAGAUCGUUUUAUACGAUUUUACGCAAGUGUUAUGAGUUAUGGAUUUUUAGGUGAUGUUGCAAAAGAUAGUGAACGAUUUCGUUGGAUGGGUCCCAAACGUUACGAUUAUUCUGGUUUGAAAAAAAUUCUUUCGAAUACGGGCUAUGACGGGGAAUUACGUUUAUUAUGUGAAAAAAAUGAUACAGAAAACGAUGAUCCUUCGAAAUGUUUAGAAAAUUGUAAUCGAUGUAGUUCGAAAAAAGAUCAAUCAGCCCACACGAGUACAACAGACCUGUCACAUGCCACGGCCACGGGUACAGUACAGACAACGGUUAACACAACAGAUCCAAAUACGAGUCCAAGCAACACAGAAUGGCGUACAGUACGUGGAAAAUUUUUUAUGGUAAAUGGUGCGAAUGUAAGCUGCGCAUGUGCUAAAAGUCCUAAUGGUAUUGCCCCCUAUUGUCAUAUCGGUGAUGGUUGUGUGAAUCUGGUUCUGGUGCGACAUACCUCUGCAUUCAAUGUUUUACGAUUAUUGUUACGUUUAUCCAGUCGUGCUAAAACAAUUAAUGAUUUUCCAUUUGUGGAAGUGUAUCGUGUGCGUGAAUUUGAAUUUCAUUCAAAUGUUGGUGAUGCCGCUGUGAGCUCAAAUUCAACAAGCAGCGUCUGGAAUUGUGAUGGAGAAGUUGUGAAAGAAGCUGAUAUUCAUGUUAGAGUUCAUUGCCAAUUGCUCAAUGUCUACAGUCGUGGAUUACAAGAAUAUAUAGAAAAGCCAUCAUGCUUUUUCUGUUUCUCAUAAAGAAUACUCGAAAUACUCGAUUGUCGCCUGUGUCUCUAUAAGUAAGACUAAGACUACGACGACACAACAAACAUUCCUGAUUUAUACAAUAAUUAAAUAAAAAACAAACAAAAAAUAUUUAUACUUACAAUAAAAACAAAUCGACCAAGAUAACGUUUUUAGGUUUUUAAAGAUGACCGUGUCACUGUGAGCUAGUUCUAGUGACCGUCAUGUUAUAUACGUCAUGUCACUGUUUUUUUUAAACAAAACUAAAUUUUUAUGUAAUUUUUAAUAAUAAUAAUGAGGUUUAACCUCCGUUUCUCUGACAUAUACCCCUAUAACAAAGGCCACUCACAUCAGUAUUUGUUAAUCUUUAUUUAUUCAAUUACAAACAUAUUUACAAUGAAGAGCCUAAAUGGCCGAGGGGUCUAAGGCAGUUGGACUAUUUAGACUUAGGUUGCGGGUUCGAAUCCAGGCAGCGGCAGUGUGAACAAUUUAUAAUUAAUGGAGGUGCAGAAUUAAUCACAUUACCGUCGCUUGGAUAAGAACGAAGUAAUCGAUUCCACCCACAUCAAAAAUGUUUUUGUAAAUAUGUUUGUAAUUUAAUAAAUAAAGAUUAACAAAUAAUGAUGUGAGUGACCUCUGUGAUAAGACGUAUAUCAAACUUACAGAGGAUAAACCCCCAUUAUUAUUUUUAUUAUGUCAUUUUAAAAAUAAUUUCAUUUGAUGGAUGUACGAUGCAUGUAAAAAAUUGCGACGUCUAUGGACUACUAACAAUAAUACGGCCUUUUUUCAUAAACAAAUUAUGAAUCAUUAAAAUAUAUUUGGUCCCUAUAAUAUUUAAUAAGUAAUUGUAAGUACGCAUGCUCAAACUCAAUGAUUCGAAUUAUUUUAUGGUCCUUCUAAUUGUUAUCCAUUUUUUUGGUGUCGUACAUUUGAAGUACGUUCGAAGUACACAAAUUUAUUGAAAUCUUUCUUUUUGUAAAUAUUAUUGAAUUCAAUUAAGGUAGUUUAGCAGGAUCGAGAAGGGGAAAUCGUUUUGUCAAAUCAACAAUCAUUUUUUAAUUUUCAAAAAAUGAUCAAAAUAUGAGCUAAAUGUUUGACUAAAUUCACAAUUCGGUUUAUAGUGAUGAAAACAAUUUCCGGCAUUAUUGAACAGAGACACUCAGCUCUGUUUUUGAACAGAGACACUCAUGACAGCUCAUGAGCCUCGAUACUGCUAUACUACCUUAAAUAAAUAUUUUUCAAUUCAAUUUCAAAUCGUUUUGAGAUAACUACGAAACAAAAUACAUAUACAGAGUGUUCAAAAUGCUUCAAUUAUUUUGAGAGUGGCGCAAACAAGAUGAGACCGUAAUUAAGACACUUUUAUGUUUUAUUAUUAUUCUUAUUGCGUAAUUCUCGAACUUCGAAAUAAUUGAAGUGUUUGAAGAGAACCUGUGAUUGAAUAAAAUCCAAAAUGGUUUGAGAUGAACUAAUUGUGAUUGAACGGUGCAUUUUAGACAUUUAAGACAUAUUUUUGAGAAUUCAAAGAUGUUCCAAGUCAAGCGUCAAGCGCAAAAUUUAAGAAAAAGGAGAUUGAAGAUACGAAACAGUGAGAUACAAAACAAAAUACUCAAAAAUUUUGUUUUUUUUAUUUUUUUUUUAAAUUUUAUUUUUUUUGUUGUUGUUUGUUAAAGUAAUCUCAGGUUUAUUGAACCGAUUAAAUUCUUGCCUAACGACAUGGGAGUAACUCUACAACUUUUUUAACGUCCUUCAAAGUCAAAUACUUAUAUUAAAAGAUUAUCCAACGCAGCAACUCAAAAAUAUAUAAAAUUUGAGUAACUUGCGAGUAAAAAUCAUGAAAAUUUUUGUUUUUUGUACCAUAAUCAUUACUCUUGUGAUAAGAGAAAAUCUCACGCUAUUACGUAAGCGCCAAGAGCGAAAUUUUGUUUACAAUAAGUAUAUACAAAAUACAUUAAUUCAUAUGAAAGAAUAGUAUAUUAAAUUUACUUAAUUAUUAUACAAUGUAAAAACGUUGGAUAUAUUCUAUGUAUGUUUCUAAAAGAGAUACUUUCUAUGUUCACAGUUACACCCAUGCUCGAAAAUAAAUAAUAGAAAAUCCUGAAAAUUUUCUCUCGGCUCGUUAGAAAAUCAUGUGAUAUUUAAAUAAGAUAUUUGAAUGAUACUUAAUUUUGAAAAUGUUGAGAGUUGAAUUUGUAAGAUAUUUUUAAAGUAUUCCAAAAAAUAAAAAUACUCGCGAUACACUCAAAAAAAAAAACGGUACGUUCGAUUUUUGGAGCCAUACUCAAACCACAUACGUGAUACUGAUCAGGGCCGUACUAGAAUCUUCGAAGAGAAGAAAGCCGUUCUAGAAGAGAAGAACGGAGAGUAAAUGAGAAAAGCAUAAUUUUUAAUGCGAAAGAACGCUCUUAUUAAUAAAAUAAUUGGAAUAAGAGUUGAGACGGCCCUGAUCUCUUAUAUUGAUAUGAAUACACAAGCUUCCAAGAUCAACUCACCUAAAUAUUUUGUUAUUAGGUUAUUUAUAUUUUAAAUUGAUGUGGGAGAGGGGAUUUUAUUUUUGAAGUUAAGAUUGCCACCUCAAAGUUCCGAAUAAUCGGGAGAUUUUUCCGGCGAUAAAAAAUUCACACGGAAAUUGUCAAAAAAAAAUCACUUUCUUUAUUGAAAUCUGGUGGAUUUAUGUUGAUAUCGGAAUCCGGGACAAACUACAAGAUUUUCUGGAAUCUCCCGAUAGAAUCUGGAGCAAUGGCAAUCUUAUUUGAAGUAUUAAUUUUGAAUUUAAUUUAUGCACGUAAAUUUAAGAAAAAUACAAUUGUUGAAAGUUUAUACAAAGGGUGUUUUCAAAAGGUCAAACAUUGUUUUAUUAAAAAUGUUAAAUUAUUAUAUUUCCGUGACCUCGGCACUCCUUAACAAUAAAAUUGACGUCUGCGCAACUGCGUUCUUGAUUAUCGAAAUGAAUAGUAUUCACAAUUAUUGAUUUUUAUUGAUUACUUCGAUAAUAUGAGCGCCUUUAAUCAUGAAACAAGAAAUUUUAUUGUUUGUGGGUGCCCGGGUCACGGAAAUAAUUAUUAUGGGAUUAAACUCCCAUGACUCAAACUCAACCUAACUUUAAAUGGCUGACACUUAUUUAUUGAUUUAUCAAGUUCACUUCAGUAUUAAACACCCGGUCAGUAUAUUUUAUAGAAAUCAUUUUUUUAAAUAUAGUUGGUCUUCCAAAACUUACAUAUGAUAUUGUUGAUGCAUUUAGAUUCUUUUGGGAAAUUCGAUGAAAAUUCAAUUCCAGAUAAAAAUAGUAAGCACACCCCCCGCCAAGUGGCACCAAUGAUCAUCACAAUAUAUCUGAUUGAUGCUUGAUAUGAAGCUUAGAAUUUGAUCUUUAGGUGGCAAUAAGAUCAAAAGCUUUUUUAGAAAGUCAUGUUUCAGUUUAUCGACCUAGAAUUUUUUUGCUUAUAAAUAAACAUUGCACAUACUUUUGGCUUUUAAAUUAGUCAAAAACUCACAAAAAUUGAAUUUUCUCGAAUUUUCUAGAAAAAAAAAAGAGAACAAAUUGUGGAUAGUGCAGAAAAUUUUGUGCCUAAUGAAGAUAACAUUUUUUUUUCUUUUGUUAUUAAAAAAAAGAAAGUUUAGAUAUAUAUUUUUUCUAAGCGAGACAAACAAAAACGUGUUUAUUGGAAAAUUCUUGCAUUUAUUUUGAUUUUUAGAAGAAA